AUGUCAUCCAUGCAGGAUCAUGUGCAAGGAUCCCUCUGGGGAAUGCUGAUUGCUGAUGCCCUUGCCAUGCCUGUACAUUGGUACUAUACGCCAGGAACGAUUGAACGAGACUUUGGACCGGACGGUAUCCAAACUUACCACGCUCCCAAGCAUCCUCACCCCGAUGCCUUUGCUUGGAGUAUGACGUACUCUGGUAACAUCGAUAUCUAUCACGGAGUUCAGAAGUAUGUCCAAGACAGCAAACCUCCGCCAGAGGAGAAUCCGCAUUAUCAUCAUGGUUUGCAAGGAGGAGAUGUCACACUACAAAUGCAGUGGGCAAGGGUUUUAUUAAAGUGUUUGGGAAAGGAUGGCUCUGAAAACCAUGAUUGGGCACAAUCCUUUGUUGACUUUAUCCAAACGCCGUCACCCGCGCUGAACAAUGAUAUUUAUCGCGAUGUCUUCAUUCGACGAUAUUUUGAACGUCUUUCAGAAGGACUGCCACUGGCGGAAUGCCCAGUUCCUCAAAAAGAGUGUUGGAGUGUUGGGAGUAUGGGCGGUGUUAUUCCUGGAUUGAUGACAGCAUUGUCUUUUGCCAAUAGCCCUGAAAUAUCCAUGGAGGACAUGGUGGCACGCUCGAUUGAAAUCCACAGGAAAACGCACAACAGUGAAAACGUUUCAGAGGCAGUCACAAUCUUGGCACCCUUGGUUGUCAAGUUGUGUCGGAUGCCGAAACGAGAACAAAAGUCUGAAUACAGCGGUGAUCCUUCCGAGUCCAGCUUAGUCCCAGAAGCCAUCGAUCCUCGUCGCAUGCUGAUUCUGGAUGCGGCCAAGUCAUUCCCACUGCCUGCCGUCACAGGGGCAUCCUUACUGCGACGAUACAACAAGGCCCGUGGUCCCGGUAAUAUUCCCAACGACGAAAUGUAUAAGUUGCAUACGAAACGGCGAGAAGGAGUGGUAUUCGAUCCUUCCUUGUACAUGGAUGUCCCCGACUCUAACGUGAUUGGACGCAAAGGAUUCUUAGGAACCGUCUGCUACACGGAGCAUGGAGUGCCUGCCAUUUUGUACUUGGCGUACAAGUAUUUUGAAGAUCCCGCCAAGGCGCUGAAAAUCAAUGCUAAUUUACUAGGAGAUUCCACUAGUCGCGGAUCAUUGCUAGGGUGUGUGUUGGGAGCAGCGCAUGGCACAGAAUGGUGUCAAGAACUGAUCAGUGGCCUACGACAGAAGGAUGAGUUUCGACACGAUAUUGAACGGUUCUCGGAGGAAGUUGUAUCGAAAUGA